UUGUGACAACAUCUGAGGAACAAACUCUUGGAGAUGCCAGUGGUGUCACUCAAACUUGCCUCAUUCGAGGUAGUUGUUUAUAGUGACCAGGCGUGGCAUAAAACAGGAGGGUGGCUGAUGGGAGUCCUGGGGGUCAUAGGUCAUCUUUGACCUUGCAUCGACCUUCUAUUGACCUCUGUGUGUCCUCCGGCAGGGGCUGAACGUUUCUACGGGAACAUAGAAGACAUGAUUGGCUACAGGCCUUGGCCCUUCAUGAAGUCCUGCUGGAUACAGUACAUCACACCUACAGUCUGCAUUGGAACAUUUAUUUUUUCUUUGACAAGGUAUAGCCCCCUGAAGUUCAACAAGACCUAUGUAUACCCCUGGUGGGCGCAUGGUAUCGGAUGGUUCCUGGCUGCCUCCUCCCUCUGCUUCAUCCCCUUGACGAUGCUCUACAAACUCUACCAUGCCAAAGGGACCAUUCUACAGCUGUCAUGCCCCGACCUGCCAUGCCGCAACCUGCCAGGAGAUGCUGCCAGUCUGCCUCGGCCCCUGGCAAUUGGCCUGGGAGACCCCAGACACCUAGGCCGGGUCCUGACCCUGCCAAACACCCUGGGAGACCCCGCAGCAGGUGAUCAGUGGAAUCACUAGAGGUGCUUAACUCGAAUCUUUGAGGCGUCCGGAUUGAUUGGAUCAUUUCAAGGAGGGUACCCGGAUUAGACGGAUCACUCGG